AUGGCUGAAGUUGAGGCAUCGUGGAUGCCUGAAGCAGGGCUUGUCCAAGACCGGAAAGCAAUCGGUGUGUGGACGGCGUGUACGGAUCCCCCGCCAGUGCCUUGGCCCACUAAACCGCCGGAUAUCACGUGGCGGAGCGGCCGCCAGCGAGCGGGGCUCAGGCCGGAAGGAUCGGCGCUAGGCCGGAAGAAGGCAACAAUCAGUACUCGGCGAAGGGACUUUGGUCGUGUCGUGCCAGCUUACUUUGUCGUACUCCGUCAGGUCUCCAUCAAGCCAUUGCUGAUUACAUACGAGAACUCCACUCGAUCAUUCACUGGAAGAGGCAAUAGGACCCUUGAGAUCCGCUGGGUUGAAGAUGGGAAACCAGAAACGGCCUACAAGGGAUUUGCCUUUGUCAUCACAGAUACAUCUGGAAAGCCCACGACAGACGAUCGGAAACUCAUACGCAGUCAUGUCAUGCGAGGCAAGAAUACACGCCCGUCUCGUGGCGGCCAAAAGCGCUCGACCAAAUGGGUCAACCAGACUAGUCCUCAACCCCCACAGGAACCAGAGGAACCACCUGCGCCCAAGUCACUCACUGCUCUCGUCAAAGAGCCGAGAAAACAAAAGCUCUACAAGAUUGCCUGGUACGAGCAUGUAUUCCGCACACCCAAUGACCUUUACAUGUUCCAAUUUGCCGACGAUAUUGACGCGGCCUCUCGAGGCAUGCUAUUCGAAUUUUACGCCGUCGUUAAAGAGACGAUGUACCCCAUCGAAUGGUGCCUGCAGUACGACGAGAGCAAGACGCCGUGGUUCUACUGGCUUCUAACAGAUGCCGCGUUUCUGCACUCGAUUUUAUUCACGGUAGGAUUGAUGAACGACACUGUCAAAGGAGACAGCCCAAGCAAGCACACCAACUUCCAUAUUUGGAAGACACUCCAGCUGUUGAACCAAAAUAUUGCGGACCAAGACAUGGCUUUGGCCGACUCGACCAUCGCCACGAUUGUGUCCAUGUGUAUGGUGGCCGAAAUCUUCGGACAGCGCGACAAUGCCGCCGCACAUAUCCAAGGCAUGCGUCAGAUAGUGAAGCUAAGGGGAGGAAUCGAAAGCUUCUCUCACAAUCUUCAAUUACAGGUCAAGAUCUGCCGGGUGGACAUUGGCUGGAGUUUAUGCACCGGCGAGAAGCCGCUCUACUUCCGGGAUACCUUCUCAUGGGAGCCUGCUUUCUCCUCUAUACUGGGCAAAGUCCCUGUUGGCUCCGAGGUCUGCCCUGGCUCUUCAAGCAUACGACUUCUCUUAGACGCCGCCGACAGUCGCUUGGGCAACGUCUUCCAAGAUCUCCACGACUUCUCCCGCCUGGCGACCGCACUAUACCACACCAAUCGCAAGAUUGACCCGAACCUAUUUCAAGAGUUCAUGACUUGCGUUCAAUACCGGCUGUUGUAUUCGGAGACGACAGCACACAAUGCCUUGGCCGAACUAGGUCGCCUUGGGAUGAUCAGCUACAUCACCACCCUCUUCCUCCAGGUACAAGGUGCAAAAUUCCAGUUCACCUCCUUGACUACCAAGCUUAGGUCAGCAUGCAAGAACUUCGAGAUCUCAGCCUCCACAUGCGCUGCCACGAAACUCCUACUGGCCUGGAGCCUUGUUAUCGGUGCCAUAUCCGUCUUUGAAGAGCAGGACGACCGUUGGCUUUUGCCGAAAUUGGCCAAUCUGCGAGACUCUCUGGGACCUACAUGGCCCGAAGCCAAGGCCAAGCUCGAGGAUGUCAUUUGGACCGAAAAUGUCCAUGAUUCUGCCGAAGUCGGCGAGCUUCACUCCGGCUGGAUAGGUGUCUGGGAUCUGUCGAGUUCUAAUGCAGACAAUGCGAAGCGGUUGGAGGCCGUCGGAGGCCGUCGAUUGCCCAUCUACCAUUCCAGAAUCCAUCAUCGGUUUCAAGCGCAUCUCGAGCCGCAUAAUACACAACUCACGAUUUUGAGCUACUACUCCUCAACUAAUCCGCGGCUGUUACCGAUCGCGACGUGGCCAUACGUCCAUCUGUACGCGUCCUCUCUUGGGGACUUUCGUCAAGAAACCAUAUACUGCCCUGCUUAA